AUGUCAACCCAUCAGCACCAAAAUAAGAGAGCUAAACAGAGCCACACCACCGACGACACCAGCGUAAUCCCUAUACAAUCAAUGGACUCGCGUGGUGAGCCAAUCGUUAAAAUGAAGAAGCAGAAAGCGUGCUUGACUUGCAGGAGAGCAAAACUGAAAUGUGAAAUUCCCGUUCCAGGGGAACCAUGCAAAAGGUGCAUGAGCACAGGAGUGGAAUGUAGAUUUAGAACUAGAGCACACGACGACGAAUGGCAAGCAUCGGUUGAAGACCGAUUGAGUCACUUGACUGAUAAGAUAGAAGCAAUGAGUCAAAACAUGGAGAACUUUUUUAAUCAUAUUGGAAGCAGCCAACAACUCAGCAAUCCACCUAACUUCCCGUCUUCUGGACAGCUUUCACCACCGACGUCUGCAGUCACCCGUAAAUCCUCAGAUAAUUCAAACAACGAACAAUCCUCCUUACUCAAGGGCAGCAUUGAUUUCAAUCAUCCAAAGGAUCAUGGCCCUCUUUCACCUUUCUCCGUUCCUAAUCAUACUACCUUAUCUGGUGCUUCUGCGUUAUUGGCUCAGACACAUGUAAACAAUACAACUAAUACAAUCAAGCUAGACGAGGACCACUCAAAUGAACGUAACGCAACCUCAGGAUUCUUGAGUAUCUUAGAUGAACUUCUCGAUCCGGAGAACGUUGUCUCAACGAAACCAGAGAAGUCUCUGUCAGACAUUGACGCUAUGUCUUUUGAACCAGUUGGUAUCCCAUCAGUGUUUCCAGGCCAACCUUCAACAUCACAUGAUAUCGUUGCAAGUGCUUCUCAGGAAGAGCUCAAGGCUUUGGGUAGUGGUUCUCUUGAUCCCCGUCCAAAUGUUAUUAAAAAGGGUCUAGUUUCACAAAGGUCAGCGGAAGAAUUGGUAGACUUCUUUCAUACGAACCUUUCUGGCCAAUUGUUUGGAUUUAGACUUCAGAUUGGUCAUUUCCCAUACCUGCCUGAAGGUAGACCAACUUUGACACCACUCAUUAUAGGUGUUAUCUGCCUGGCGGCAUCUGAGAGAGUACCUUCGGAAAGUUUCAGAUCUCUUGUUAGUAAUCUCAUGGUGGAUUUGGACGACUUCUCCUUUAAGCCUGCAAUUACUCAACAUUAUUUGGUCGAUAAUCAAGAUGCGAUUGAUAAUGAUGAUCUGGAUCUUGAAAUGGGAAUUGGGCCAGAAGAAAUUGUAGCAAUGUGCAUUGCUUCGGUAUUUUGCGAUGUGUCAACAAGACCUGAUAUGAAGAAACAAAAUGCAGACGGAUUUGGCACAACGUCUCAUGCGCUUGCACAAGUAGCUUUCAAAUGGGCCAGAGGUUUCUUGAAGACUUCUAUGCUUUCGGUGCCACCUCAAAUGACAAUUGGUGAGGCCUGCGGAUAUUUACCUCCCCGUAGACAACUUGGGUUGGAGAACUGGCUGAGACUAUGGCUAUUUACAUAUGUUGUCGAAAGCCAGGCGUCAUUUUACUCCAGCAGACCAUCAAAGACGUAUGAUCCAACAUCAUUUUGUACGUUGCUUUUAGAAGCAUCAGCUCCAGGACAUCCAGCAGACCAUAAUCGUGACAAGCAGUUAGUUGCUCACGCCAGGAUAUGUACAUUACUUAGACAAGCUCGACAAUUAUUAGACAGUCGUGACUGGUUAGAUGCUGGUACAGCUGACACAAAAAGCUGCUUAGAUACAUGGAAUGAGGAGUUGGAAAGUUGGAGGCGCAUCAACCUACCUGAAUCAGCUCUUAGCGCAGCCGAUCAAUGGCCUGCCACAUCUUUAACAUUGUUCUACCUCUUUGCUCGGCUUUACAUCAACCAGAUUUCAAUUGGAGAUUCCAAUGCUUACGAUCAAGCUGAUAACUUUAGUUCUUCUAGUGAACGUUGGAGGUAUGCUACUGCAGCAGUCAAAGCAGCUGCACAAAUGUUAGAUGCAGUAGCUGAAGAGCCACUGUGUUCAACUUGGUCGUUGUUACCGCUCAUCUACAUUAAGAUGAUAUCUUUGGCUGCAGGUGUAUUGUUGAAGUCAGUUCCUAUUUUGGAAAAGAUAGCACCGGUUGUUACUCUAGAACAAAUACACGUGUCUGUACUCAAAGUCGCAGAGAUAUUAAAGAAUGGAGCCCCAGGACAGUCUGAUACUCAUCUAGCCCGGGCAACGUCCGCUUCAUUAGUUAACCAAGUCAAUAAACUUCAAGCAAAGAAGAGAAGCUUGAAAAUGUAA